UGGCGCGGUUCGUUAUUGCAGUAAACAUCAUAAAUCGAAACCUGACGUAAUCGGCACGCCUUAGAACAUGCAUUUAACGCAGUUUUUAAUUUCUCUGAGUUUUGUAGUUGCAUGCGGUACAAUGGAUCAGAGUGAUAUAACAGCGCACCAACAGCCCGCUACAGGCACGGUGGAGAGUGAGGCGCAGUGCUCAACAUGUGAGUUCAGGCAACACAGCAAGAUGAUGAGGCUGCAGGCAAUCAAAUCACAAAUUCUCAGCAAACUUCGACUCAAACAAGCUCCCAAUAUUAGCCGAGACGUUGUCAAUCAGCUUUUACCUAAAGCACCUCCUUUGCAACAACUUCUUGACCAGUACGACGUCCUUGGUGAUGACAGCAAGGAUGGAAUUGUUGAAGAAGAUGAUGAUGAGCUUGCCACGACGGAAACAGUCAUGGCCAUGGCUAGCGAACCUGAUCCUAUCGUUCAAGUAGAUCGAAAACCGAAGUGUUGUUUUUUCUCCUUCACGUCGAAGAUCCAAGCAAACCGCAUUGUAAAGGCGCAGCUCUGGGUCCAUUUGCGACCCGCAGAAGAGGCCACCACCGUAUUCUUACAGAUAUCGCGAUUGAUCCCUGUUACAGACGGAAGAAGACACGUAAGAAUAAGAUCUUUGAAGAUUGACGUAAACGCAGGGGUCAAAUCUUGGCAAAGCAUUGACGUGAAGCAGGUGCUUGCGGUUUGGCUAAGGCAGCCAGAGACGAAUAGGGGAAUCGAGAUUAACGCUUACGACGCUAACGGAAACGACCUGGCCGUCACCACCGCAGAAGCCGGCGAAGAGGGACUGCUUCCCUUCAUGGAGGUCAAAAUCUCAGAGGGUCCCAAGCGAACCAGGCGAGAGUCGGGACUGGACUGCGAUGAGAAAUCAUUUGAGUCUCGCUGCUGCCGCUACCCCCUCACAGUUGACUUUGAAGACUUCGGCUGGGACUGGAUUAUUGCUCCAAAACGAUACAAGGCCAACUACUGCUCCGGAGAGUGUGACUACAUGCACCUCCAGAAGUACCCACACACUCAUCUAGUGAACAAGGCCAACCCACGGGGCACCGCUGGUCCUUGCUGCACACCCACCAAGAUGUCACCCAUUAACAUGCUCUACUUCAAUGGGAAAGAGCAGAUUAUCUAUGGCAAGAUCCCCUCCAUGGUGGUGGACCGGUGUGGCUGCUCGUGAGGGCGCGCCCGGUCAGAACUCCGUACGUCUUGCCCUCCUCCGAUCCCGGACAGCUCACCACAAAACCCGUUAAACCAUUAUCAGUGCUUUCCGCGAUACACUGUGCAAUAGAACCAGAAUAGCGGCGAGGAUGCUCACCUGUUCACUGAGCACUGCUUCACUUUCACUGACUUUCAUUCAUUUCUCUUUACACUAAGUCUGUAUCUUGGCCACAGAGGUCAAAGGUCGUAUGGAUGUACCGAAGGAAUGUCAUGCUGGAUGGACUUGGGAGUGGACAUUGACUUAAAUUGCUGCAUUGCUGCAAAAGAUUUCAUCUUUUAUACAUUGUGCAUUUUCUCUCAGAACCAUCACCAAAUCACACAUUUAGAACAAAUAGACACACACGUGACACAAAUCUUUUAUUAUACAAACACGCUCCUCAAUAUCCAUUUAGUUCCUAUCUUGCUACAACAGCUGUGUGACAAUAACAGUGGGCUUGUUUAAGUAUUGUAUCCAAGAGCAACAGAGAAGGACUCAAGGACAUUUAAAAAAAAACAACAAAAAAAACAAGAAGAAGCUUGAAAACCUGAACACCUGUAUGAAGACUUAGGCAAUCUGACUCAAGCCUUCCUGUACAAGAAACACAGAACACACUGCAAGGUCUGAUCUCAUUGUUAAGUUUAGCUCUUUCCAUUAGUCAUCUGCAUGAACUGCCCUAUAGACUUGAACUAUGAUUGAAAAUCAGCAUUACUGGACAGGAGGACUUGAACCAGUGGCACUUUGAAUGCAGUCUGCACAUUGAAAUGUGUUAAAGACAGAGAGCUAUUGAAAAUAUGUAUGAAUGUUAAUAUCAUGUUACUUACUCUGUCUUCAAAUCAUACAGUUUGCACUAUGGCAGACCAAUAGAAAUAAUUGGUUGCUAAAAAUGUUGUAAAAACUGAUUUUGAUAUGUUUGCUAAUUGCAUUGUAUACAUGCCAUUGUUUCCAUUAACAGUUGCCUUUUUUUAACCUCUGUUAGUUUGUGUAUAAGAUAACACAUUAGCAAGAAGUGUACAAUAUCAAAUCUGUGUAUCUGUUAAAACAAAUAAAGGUGCUUGCUUUAUA